GGCGCCAUGUUUUGGAAGUUUGACCUGCACACGAGCUCGCACCUGGACACGCUGCUGGAGCGGGAGGACCUGAGCCUGCCCGAGCUGCUGGACGAGGAGGACGUGCUGCAGGAGUGCAAGGUCGUCAACCGCAAGCUGCUGGACUUCCUGCUGCAGCCGCCGCACCUGCAGGCCAUGGUGGCCUGGGUCACCCAGGAGCCGCCGGCCAGCGGCGAGGAGCGGCUGCGCUACAAGUACCCCAGUGUGGCCUGCGAGAUCCUGACCUCGGAUGUGCCCCAAAUCAAUGACGCCCUGGGCGCCGACGAGUCCCUGCUGAACCGGCUCUACGGCUUCCUGCAGAGCAGCGGCUGCCUCAACCCGCUGCUGGCCAGCUUCUUCAGCAAGGUCAUGGGCAUCCUCAUCAACCGCAAGACGGACCAGCUCGUGUCCUUCCUGCGGAAGAAGGACGACUUCGUGGAUCUGCUGCUGCAGCACAUCGGCACCUCGGCCAUCAUGGACCUGCUGCUGCGGCUCCUCACCUGCGUGGAGCGGCCCCAGCUGAGGCAGGAAGUGGUCAACUGGCUCAACGAGGAGAAGAUUGUCCAGCGGCUCAUCGAGCAGAUCCACCCAUCAAAGGAUGACAAUCAACAUUCCAACGCGUCCCAGUCCCUAUGCGACAUCAUCCGCCUGAGUCGGGAGCAGGUGAUCCAAGUCCAGGACAGCUCGGAGCCCGACCAGCUGUUGGCCACCCUGGAGAAGCAGGAGACGAUCGAGCAGCUCCUGAGCAACAUGCUGGAGGGGCAGCUGAACCCGUCCGUGCUUGUCAGCGGGGUCCAGGUGCUGCUGACGCUGCUGGAGCCCAGGCGGCCACGGUCCGAGUCUGUGAUCGUGAACAACUUCUUCAGCAGCGUGGACGGGCAGCUGGAGCUGCUGGGCCAGGCGACCCUGGACAGCUCCGUGUCCAGCAUGGGCGCCCUGCACGCCCUGCGCCCUCGGCUCACCCACUUCCACCAGCUCCUGUUCGAGCCACUGGAGCUGGAGCCACUGCAUACGACGUGGGGCAUCCUGGCCCCGCCUCUGGGCAACACACGGCUGCACGUGGUCAAGCUGCUGGCCAGCGCCCUGAGCGCCAACGACGCAGCCCUGACCCAGGAGCUCCUGGCACUGGACGUGCCCAACACCAUGCUGGACCUCUUCUUCCACUACGUGUUCAACAACUUCCUGCACACGCAAGUGGAGGUGUGUGUGAGCACCAUGCUGAGCGCCGGGCCCCCUGCCGACAGCAGCCUCGAGACACCCGCCCCCAACCUCGGCGUGAAACACGUGAGCUGGGGCUUGGUGAGGGGCUCCCCAGUGGAGGCGGGGCGGGCGGGGGGAGGGGGAGGCCGAGGGCUGCCUCACGUCCUUGUCCCCUCCUGCCGAGCAGAGAUGUCGGCUGAGCAGCAGGAGCAGUGGGAGGCCUUCGUGUCGGGACCCUUGGCCGAGACCAACAAGAAGAACAUGGUGGACCUGGUGAACACCCACCACCUGCAUUCCUCCAGCGACGACGAGGACGACCGGCUCAAGGAGUUCAACUUUCCCGAGGAGGCCGUGCUGCAGCAGGCCUUCAUGGAUUUCCAGAUGCAGCGCAUGACCUCGGCCUUCAUCGACCACUUCGGCUUCAACGACGAGGAGUUUGGGGAGCAGGAGGAAAGUGUGAACGCACCUUUCGACAAGACGGCCAACAUCACCUUUUCCCUCAACGCCGACGAUGAGAACCCCAACACCAACCUGCUGGAGAUUUGCUACAAGGACCGGAUCCAGCAAUUUGAUGACGACGAGGAGGAGGAGGGCCAGGGCUCUGGGGAGUCCGAUGGGGAGGACGGCGCCUGGCAGGGCAGCCAGCUGGCCAGGGGAGCCUGCCUGGGCCAGCCCCCAGGUGUGCGGAGUGGAGGCAGCACAGAUAGCGAGGACGAGGAGGAGGAGGACGAGGAGGAGGACGGCGAGGAGGACGGCCAGAGGGCCCAAGAUGGGGCCGGACCCCCCUCUUACCCCAGCCCUGGCCCCCAGCCUCCCAGCCCCAGCUGGGCAGCCGCCUUUGACCCAGUGCCUACAGACACCCCGACCGGCCCCCAAGACUCUGGGGAGAAGGAGCCGCGCUCUGGGCCCCCUGCCCCUCCCGGCCUGGCACCCGCUGCUCAGGCUGCGCCUCUGUCUUCCCCAGCCCCCUGCCAGGCCUUGGUCAGCGUCAGGGACCUCCAGGCCGCCCUCCGAAGGACAAACUCCACCCCCUGCCCCUUGGACAGUGCAACCAGAGACCCUGCUACCUCUGUCCCAGCCCUUGGGGCCCCCCAUCCCCCCCAGACCAUGGAGAGGGAGAAAAGCCCAGAGCCCAUGGGGCUCCCACAGAACCAGAGUGCCCAGGCCCUGCAGCUGCCUCCAGUGCCCAACGGCUCUGCCCAGGGAGGGCCGGCCUCCCCAGGCUCCCAGUGA